AUGCUCGCGCCCUUCCAUCAGAUCGACGUCUUUGCGCGCGCGCCCUACCGCGGCAAUGCCGUCGCCGUGCUGCACGUCGCGCGUGCGCCGAGCGCCGCCGCCAUGCAGCGCCUCGCCCGCUGGACGCAGCUGAGCGAGACCGUCUUUCUGCUGCCGCCGCCGCCGGGCAGCGCGGCGCACUUUGCCGUGCGCAUCUGGAUGCCCGAGGGCGAGCUGCCGUUUGCCGGACAUCCGACGCUGGGCGCCACGCGCGCCUGGCUCGAGGCGCACCCCGACUUCAGCGGCGACGAGCUGCGCAUGCACUGCGGCAUCGGCACGGUGCGCCUGCGCAUCGAGCGCCCCCACGCCGGCCACGCCGCGGCGGGCAUGCUGCUCUUCUUCGCCGCGCCGCCCCUGCGCCACGCCGCCGUCGUCGAGCCGCACAUCGUGGCGCAGCUGUGCGCAGCCAUGCACAUCGACACGGCCCACGUCGUCGAGGCGCAGCACAUCGACAAUGGCCCGCCCUGGCUGGCGCUGCGCCUGGCGUCGCCCGCCGCCGUGCGUGCCGUCUCGACACGGCACAUGCACCAGGCGGGCGCGCUCAUGUGGGGCGUCUUUGCCGCGCUGUCCGAGCAGGGAGAAGCAGAGCAGACGCUGCUGGUCCGCACCUUUGCGCCCGCCUCGGGCGUCGUCGAAGACGCAGUCACCGGCAGCUUCGCCGCCGGCCUGGCGCGCAGCAGCAUGGCGCCCAAGCAGGGCAACUUUGUCGUCAGACAGGGAGAGCAGCUCGGCAGAGAGGGACGCAUCGUGGUGCGCAGCAUCGAGGGACAGAGCUGGAUCGGCGGCUGCACCUCCGUCUGCUUCAAGGGCGAGGCGCUCGUGGAGGACGAGGAGGAGGAGGAGUAGGGCGGGGCAGUGCGAGACAGAGCGG